AUGAAGUCACGUGACAUGAACGACUUAAAUCCGGAAACGGGGUUCGAUAAGGCAAAAACAAUAUAUUAAAGUAUAAUUUAAUUCUAAAAUGCAGAAUGAGGAGCGUAAAAAGAAUAUAAAAGUUAAAGAAGUGAUAACAACGCUUUGUACGCUUCUUUCAGCUCUGGAUGUCGAUUUGGUUCCACCCGCUGAAGUGUUCAGAAGAGCCAAAUUCAACAAACCUGACGCGGCGGAGGAAUUGUGGCGUUUACUAUGUAGUCUCCUUAAUAAGGGCUUUGAAUCGGACUGCGCAUGCGCAGAACUCAGGUCUAUCUCAGACCCCCAGUUAUGCUUUGUGAAGAGUGCCCUGUGGCACAGUGGGUAUUGUGGCUGGUGGGUUGUUGGACCUCAGGCAUGUGAAAGCAGAGAGGAGAUCGGAAGCAGGGACCUGCUGCUAGCUUUCAGCUGGCUUAUUGCAUCCGGAAACCUGAUUGAGGCUCUACUACGAGACAGACUCCUGCUCCUAGAUGUCCUGGCAUCUCCAGCAGGGGGUCUGCCUGAAGAACCGAAACGGGGUCUAAACUUGUGUGAAGAAACAGAAGUCAGGAGGUUGCAGUGGCAGUACGGGAAACUGAAGCUCCAGUGGCGGAGUCUCUUAUCAGCUCAGCAAGAGCAAGCCAAGCUUACUGACCAGGUCUGCUCCUGCAUGAGCUCUUCACCCAACCCCAACACUUCCCAUGUUCCUAAUCUCACUGGAUCUACUCCACUUGAAAAGGAUCUCGAGCGCAUACAGACCCUGAACAGAAUUCUUGAAGCAUAUCUGGAAUGGAAAAACGUGGAGCCGCUGUACUGGUGUUGGAUGGACAGUGUAAUCGAUUGCUACCUCUCAGAUGGGCAUCAGGAAUGUUCUGUAGAUGUGCUACCAAGAGAUCAGGCUGUCACUCAAUGCAGAUGCCAUGAUAACAAGGCCAGGGAAUCUGUGAGACGUUUAGAUAAGAUGCUGCUGAGGCUACAAAGCAAACACAAGGACAGACUGGACAGACGCACAGACACCGCCAGACUGAGUCCCAGCCAGAAAGAAGAGGUGGAGAGGAGGGUAGCGACCCACUUACAGGGCUUUUCACUAGUCAACACUCUGACAGCUAUAGACAAAGGAUUCACACCAUAUUAUCUGGAAUCACAGGCCUCCAGGUCAACAAGCAAACCCCAGAGAGGUUAUUCAGGCCAGGGAAAGACUCCAGGAAUGCUCCAGGCUUCAUCAGUGAUAAAGGAGCUGAGGCACAGAAAGGAAAUACUAGAGUGGGAGAUGGAGCUGCUGAGGCAGAGCCGGCGAGAGGAAAUGCAGUCAAAGGCUAACACACUGGAAGGUCUGGUGUUUAUCCUGCCACUCAACAGAUGACACAUAAAAUGCAGCAAAACUUUAUAGACUUUCCAUAUAUUAAUGUAGAGCUAUGAAGUAUAUUUUUAAAAGAAAUUAUAGCUGUGCACAGUGGUAUAUACUCCCACUAUAUAAUUGAAGUUUUCUGUUUAAUGCAUUACAAUAAAACUGUUAUGAAAAUCAUUCAUUUUAUUGAAAAUUUCCUCGAAAAUGUCCCAUACUGGCUUAGCCACUGUGGGAGAUGAGACAAAAUAAUAAUAUAGAUAAGCACACCUACUAGACCAUGCUACUAAGUUACAAUUCAGGAGAAAUGUGUCUUUUUUUUAUUCAAAUUGUAUUAUUCAUUUUAUAGUGCCUUAAACUGCUACUGCAAAUAAAUUCAUGCAUUUGUAUGCUG